GCGCAGUUUUGAGAGCACCUUGGCAGUCUACAACCUGGUGGAGGAAGAAGUUCACACACUGGUGACCAAAUCCAACGGUUGCUUGGAGCACUUGGAGUUCCUCAAGAAGAUCCGGGGACUCGAGGAGGAAUUUCACCAGGUCACUUUGUGGAUUGAUGAGGAAGGAGAACCAGAGCUGAGCACGAUGGGAUUGGCGGAAGGCAGCCUGGAGAAAACGGAAGAGUCCUACAGGCGGUUUAAGGACUUUUUCAAAGAAGCCACG